AGCAAAGUUCUUCCCCCCCGGCCCGGCCCUGCCAGCAGCCACUGUGCGGCGGGCUGCCGGCGGAAGAUGGCGAGGCGACGCUGUCACCCGCACGCGGCGCUGCUGCUGCUCCUGGCGGCCACCCUGGCCGGGGCGCCGCCCGGCGGCCUCUACUCGCCCGGCGACCCGCUGGUGCUGCUGCAGGUGGACACGCUGGAGAGCAGCGUCCUCAACUCCAGCAGCGCCUGGCUGGUGGAGUUCUACGCCUCCUGGUGCGGCCACUGCGUCCACUUCGCCCCCACCUGGCGGGCGCUGGCCGCCGACAUCCAGGAAUGGAGUCCCGCGGUGAACGUUGGCGUCGUCGACUGUGCAGACAUAGCCAAUCAGAAAACGUGCGGGAAGUUUGGGAUAACUGGGUUCCCUACGUUGAAGUUUUUCAAGGCCUUCUCCAAGAGCCCUGAGGACGGGACAAAGAUAUUCCAUCCUGGGGACAGCAUUCAGAACCUGAGGCAGAGCAUCAUCACCAACCUGGAGAUGCACAAGGAGUCGUGGCCACCUGCCUGUCCACCACUGGAACCAGCCAGCGUGGAGGAGAUCCGUGGGUUCUUUCAAACAAACAAUGUCACGUACCUGGUGCUGAUCUUCGAGACGAACGACUCCUUUCUGGGCAGAGAGGUGACGCUGGACAUGCUGCAGUACGAGAACAUUGCUGUCCGGAGAGUGCUGAGCAGCGAGGAGGAGCUAGUGAAGAAGUAUGGCGUGACUGCCUUCCCUUCCAGCUUCCUGCUCAUCAACAACGGGACCUUCAGCCGCAUCCCUGUGCAAAUGGAGGCGCGAUCCUUCUACACCCACUUCCUGCGGAGGCUGCCUGGGGUCACGCGAGGCCCCUACACGCCGACCAGGGCACCAGACACACCGAUCAAGACGACCCCCACCCCGCGGAGGCCUGCAGACCGCUCAAAGGUGUACAUGGCUGACCUGGAGUCCACGCUGCACUAUGCCCUGCGGGUAGAGGUGGCCCGGUUCUCUGUCCUAACGGGAGAGCGGGUGAAGGCCCUGAAGGACUUUGUGGCAGUGCUGGCAAAGUAUUUUCCUGGCCGCCCCUUUGUCCAGAACUUCCUGCGCUCUGUGGACAGGUGGCUGAGAAACGUGAGAGAAUCAAGGAUUCCCUACAGUGCCUUGGAGCUGGUCUUGACCAACAGAAAAGAGGGUCAAGCCCCGGCAGUGCUGUCGAACAACGUGACGUGGGUGGGUUGCCAAGGAAGCGAACCUCAUUUCCGAGGCUACCCCUGCUCCCUCUGGAUCCUCUUCCACCUCCUGACAGUGCAGGCGACUAGACACCCCAGGCUGGGCACAGGCCCGCUCGAGGUCCUUGGCGCCAUGCGCAGCUACGUCCAGUCCUUCUUUGGCUGCCGGGAGUGCGCACAGCACUUUGAGGGCAUGGCAGCGGAGUCCAUGGACAAAGUGAGAAGUGUGGACGAGGCAGCCCUCUGGCUUUGGUCAAGACACAACCGGGUCAAUGCUCGGCUGGCAGGUACCGAGACAGAGGACCCCCAAUUCCCCAAGCUGCAGUGGCCUCCCCCGGAACUGUGCCGUCCGUGUCACAGUGUGGUCAAAAGGCGCCAAGUGUGGGACGAGGCAGCCGUGCUGCAGUUCCUCAAGGCCUACUUUUCCCCGAUCAACAUCUUCUUAAAUUACACGGAGCCCGAGACGGCUCUGGUGGUCAGGCGCAGCCGGGAGGCAAAGGAGGGAGCUGGAGAGUGGGCCAUGGGUGAGGGGGAAGAGAGAGGAGAGGAGGACGAUGACAAGGAGGAAGAAAAAGGAGGGAAUGGGGAAGGGGAAGAAAGGAGACCAGGGAAAUUGGAGGGUGCAGGGCUGGGAAUGGAGGUGGGUGGCUCGGAGAGACGAGGCUUUUCGGGGCCACGGAAGCCAAGCAUCGUCCGGAUGAACCCCAAGAUGCAGGAGCUGGAGGAGGACAUUGUGGACCUGGACUCCUUCAGCGAGCUGCACUACAAGAGCAAAGCCCUGAAGGCUGCGGCCAACAAGGGGCGGCGGCUGAGCAAGAGGGACACCAUCCCGCUGCUGCUGGCAGACGACAGCCACCAGGCCUUUGACUAUGCUGCGGUCUGGGAGCGCCUGAGGCGGCAGGGGCUGGGCUCCAAGCAGCUCAUCGGGGCCCUGGAGGAGGACGAAGGGGACACCCUGAGGAGGAGCCAUUGGUUCCGCAUGCUGGGAGUGGGCUUCUCCCGUCUGGACGUCAGCCUGUGCAUCAUCCUGUACUUCCUCUCCUCCAUGUGCCUGUUGGGCAUGUACACCUUCUUCCGCAUGCGCACGAGGCACCGCAAGGGCCGCCCCAGCUUCCCCACGGCAUGAGGUGGGGAAGGGGAGCAGUGGGGGGGGGUGUAUGAUGGUGUAGGUCAAGUGCUAAUGAUUCCUUCUGGGGGUCUGUGGCCGGAGAAAAGUCUGACUUUCUCCGUCAGGGUUGCUAGGGCAGUGGGUGCAGCUGGACGGCUUUUGGAUCUUGCCACCGCUGGCCACAUGGACAUGGGGCCGCCCAGCAGACAGAUAUGACAGGGUGUUCUUCAGGGAUCCAAGAGCCUUACCGAGCCACCCGAGCUCCUCAGAGACUUCUAGCUGAGUCGCUGUCGGGUCAGGGUGGGGGGCUGGAGAACGGAGUGAACUGGGAGAGGUGUGGGGAGUUCUAGCUGCCUCCCUGUUUACAGUAGCUCAGCCACUGGUAAGGAUUGGGUGGUCUCCUUCCUGGUCUGUUUCCUGCUGCACCGCAGUGAAGGUGAAUCCAGCCCAAAGCGCCCAGGCUGCCCCAGAGGGUGCAGAACUUCCUCUUUGCCAGAUGAUUCCUUCACUCUUGUAGGCCAGGAUCACUAACCCACUCAACCCAAGGCGCUCUCGCACUAUGCUCAGGGUGUAUGUGACACCCCCCACAAAUAAGGGACUGCGGUGCCACUGGCUGGAGAUACACAUAACACAGACAGGUGCUGAGGAAGCUGUGUAGCCAGAGCUAAGCCAGUUCACCGUAAUCCUGACCUGUAACGCUCCCCCCACCUCCAUGUACUAUUUGUGUCAUGAGCCACUGCGCUCCUUAUCCUAAUGCAUCUCAAUCCUGUCUUGAAAUACCACCUGCUCCACACUCUUGGGUUCUUUCUAUGCUGGCUCUGCAUUUGUGAGAGAGACAGAGAGAAAUGGCCACAGGGGUCAGAUUCACCAAUCGGCAUCUGGCUUCUGAAGUUCAGGGCUCAAGGGGAGGUGUCGCUGCGUUAACCGAGAACAGCUGUUACGUCCAGCCUCCCUGCAGCACAGAGCACACAUGAGCACAGAGGUGGGUGGGAAAGGACACGGACCCUUGGUCUGACCGCAGAUCGUUCUGCUGGAGCAUCUUAUUCUGUGCCACCUUGACUUGUCAUGUUGAGCUGUCCCCAGCCUUCUCCUGUGUAUGCGGGGGGGGGGGGGGAAGAGAGACAUUAGUGCUGGCAGGGUUCUGUGUCAGCCUGUGCUGUGUUUCACCUGCUGGGGGCAUGCUCGGGCCAACAGGCCACCUCUCUGAAAGUCUUGCAGGCAGAUUUGCUGCUACCCUCAUGCUUUAAAAAUAGAAGUGGGAGGAGAUGGGGGGCUUUGCCAGUUCCCCCACCUUAUAUUAUAGUGUUUGUGAAACUGGGAAGAAACUGGAACUCUUCCUUUUGGCACUGUGGGUGGGGCCAGCCUUAGAGCCAAAUUCCCCUGGUACAAUAAAAAGCCAUAGAACCUACCAGGAAGUCCUGUGCUGCUCCAUUACUCCACUUUGUUCCCACCUGCUUCAGCAUGCAAGCAUGGGCGCCUCCAUUAGGUUGCUCAGCCAUGCAUUCGGAUACUGUGUUUCGAUCUUGCAAGCCGAGCACCCAGAAUUGGACACAAAUUUCCCAGAUGCACCUGGGCGCUUGUUCAGUACUGGGAAUAUUCCCUCCCAUGUCCUCGUAUAGUGAGCACAGUCAGCCCAGAGCAUUCGAUCUCUGACCCCUAGCGUUAGUGCAUCUCACCGGCCUGCAGAUGCUGUCACUUUGUUCAACCUUUCUAUGAAACCCAUUGUACUGGAGUCACCGUUGAGCUGAGGAAAGAGAAUCCUAAUGCAAAUCAUGGCAUUGCAAGAGUCGCUUAACUUAUCCCCAUUCUUCGUGGCCUCCCAUCCCGUCAUUUUGUUUGUGCAUUGUUUAGAGUGAGGUCUGCUAGCACUGUGCAAAUGACCUUUGGGCUGGUGAGAUGCAGAGGCUGGCUGCACACUGGGUGAAGGAGCAUUUCUUGUUGAUUGUUCUGAAUGUAGCUCCUGGUACCCGUAGUCUUUCUUCAAAGGGUGCAUGCAACUAGUUACAAGUUAGGACCAAGCUUUUCAAAAGUUACCAGGAAUUUUGUUCAGCCUGCUUGAGAGGCCUUGAAAGGGCCUUACUGUCAUAGGCUGAAAAUCCAGCUCCUUUCAAGGUAUGUCAAGUUCAGCAUCUGAAAUCACUGGUCACCUUUGCAAAUCUUACCCUAGGGGAACUGCUGGGUUAGCUCUAAGGCCUUGUCUGUGAUGCGGUUUUGUGCUCCAUUGCCAGCCGGAGAGCUAAUGUAGAUUGGCUGCUUGUGCUUCUGCCACUGUGGUGUCUAACCCUGGUCAGAUAGCUGUAAAAAUACUAGUGGUGGAUCUGUACUCACACCGCCGCUGGUGGGGCUCCUACAGCAAUGAUGGGUGACAGCCAGCCUGACCUGGUUUUUAUCAUCUCCCCCUUUUUUUAUUAUUUCUUUUUGCAUCCCAAAACUGGGGAGGAGGAUGGGCAGGACCGGUGCCUAGAAACGGGGACAGCUCUGGAAUUUGGGGAUAGGGAGCAACCUAUGAUCACUCUUCCCAUCCCCCACUUGGUACUUGAGAACAUCUGCCCAGAGCCUCUCUGCCUUGUCCAGCGUAACCUGGGCCUGCUUUUGGGAGUGGGGAGGCUCCUGUGUCUCCCUUCCGUGGGCUUGCGCUGUCCUGAUGGAUCUGACCUAAGACUGCCGGGAUGUUUCUAAAGCCCAGGCUGAGAUAGCUGAGUUCUUUGCUCUUUUCUGAAUGUGCCUUUUAAAAAAAUCUGGACUCCUGAGCUACAAAACAUUGGCUUUGAGAUCACCUGUGGAUUCCUCCCUGAUUUUCACUCAGUUAACUUCCUUUUGCCAUCUACAGCCUGGAGCUGAGGGAUUGACUUGCUGGGCUGCUGGAUUUUGGUUUUUGGAGGGGGUUUGGACUGUAUCUGAGCCUCCCAGGGCUGUGCCUGUGAGAAGCUAUGCUAGCCCACUCAGAACUACUAACGGGCACCCCUCAAUCAUCUGAACUGACCUGGCAUCUGGAGCAGCUUGCUGCAUGCCUGGUCCUUGAUGAGCUGGUGUUUGUGGGUUGGAAAUAGCCACUCAAAGGGAUUCUGACAUCACAUGAUGGGGUCACACGUGCCCUUCCAUGUUGCCUGGUGUCAUGGGUCUUUGUGUGUCACUGGAGAGAACAGAUUCCUUUGGGUGGGGAAGGG